AUGCCUCGGAUGAAAAAUAUGGAGCUUAAGGAUUUUACAACUGGAACCUGGAACGUACGAACAUUAUAUAAACCUGGAAAUUUGACGACAGCGAUAUUGGAACUUGAACGAUAUCGGCUGGACAUUAUUGCGAUUCAAGAAGUAAGGUGGACGGGAGAAGGAAGCUUAAAAAUUGGAAAUUGGACGGUGUUCCAUAGUGGUGGCGAUGAACACCAGGGUGGUGUUGGUUUCAUUGUGAAUGAUAAAAUAUUACAUAGAGUUAAGAAGUUUAAGGCAGUGAAUGACAGAAUUUGUCAUAUGGAGCUGGAGUGCCGGUGGUUUAACGUGAUACUAAUUAACGGGUACGCCCCAACUGAAGACAAAGAAGAUGAAGUCAAAGAUAUUUUUUUACGAAAAUUUAGAAAAUGA